GUAGCUUCACUAAUUCCCUGGAGUCGUUCCUUCAUGAAGCAGCAACACAACAGCACACAGGCCCAACCACUACAACAGGCUUCGUUGACUCAAAUGUAGGCGAUCCAUCUUUCCUUGAUUUGCAGACAUGCACACAAAAGCCAUGUGCUGAUAGUAGCUGUGUGGUGUGUAAUGGUGCUGUCACCUGCCCCGAAAGCAUCCUCCUGCCCUGCUCCCUCCCUCCCUCUCUCUCUCCCUCUCUCUCUCUCUCUGACACUCUCUUUUCUUUUACUAUUUUUCCCUUCCUUUCUAUCUCAGCCUCCUCCUCCCUCUCUCUUUCAUCUUGCUCUCCCUUUUCAAUUCUAUCUAUCCAUCCAUCUAUCCGUCUAUCUCUCCUCGCCCUCCACAGAUGAAACCAGUUCAGCACAGAGGAUGCCAGCAUCCCAUUGGCUGCUCUGCCACAGGAGUGGAUGGAAGCAGGAGUGAGAGAGAGAGAGAGUGAGAGGGAGGGAGAGGGAGAGAAAGAAAGCUCAAGAAGAUGCAACUAAUCUGCCACAGCAUCCUGACAGAGCGCUGAGCUGAGCGAUGAAAGACGGAGCUGCCAGUCUGUGAGUGAAAGGAGUGGACAAGCAACAGCUGAAGUGACUGAUCUGAAGCCCUCUGGAUCUCCUCCUCACCUGGACAUGACUGCUUCAUGCUGACUUGGCAUCCGCUGCUGACUGCUAGUCAAGGUGCCUGCAACCACACCUAUUCCACUGCUGGUUAUUUUAAGGUAUUUUACACUUCCCCCCGGGCCAGCGCUGCUGUCUCUGGGAGAGACGAUGCUCGGAGAAGGACGGCUGUAAAUGAGUGUCCCCGUGACCCGACUGUCACCCUCAAACUGUCCUCCUCCCCCCUGUUGGCACCCCCUGGUACACACCUGCUCCGACUCCGGGAUGUGGUGAUUUCAGGCCAGCUGUUGGCCGUCCCACAUUUGGGUCAGAAUGCCAGUGAUGAAGGGCCUCCUGGCCCCCCAGAACACUUUUCUGGACACCAUUGCUACACGCUUCGAUGGCACCCACAGUAAUUUCCUGCUGGGUAACGCCCAGGGCCACCGCGGCUACCCCAUCGUCUACUGCUCAGAUGGCUUCUGUGAACUGACGGGCUUCACCAGAACAGAGGUGAUGCAGAAGAACUGCAGCUGCCGCUUUCUGUACGGGGCCGACACCAGCGAACAUGUGGCCCAACUGAUGGAGAAGGCUCUGGAGGGCCGACAGGAAUACCAGACCGAGGUGCACUUCUACAAGAAGAACGGUGCUGCCUUCUGGUGUCUGCUGGACAUUGUUCCUAUCAAAAACGAGAAGGGCGAGAUGGUUCUCUUCCUCUUCUCAUUCAAGGACAUAACAGACACCUACGGCAAGGGCCAGCCCAGCAGCAGGAGAGAGGUUUCAGACGACCAGCGGUGCAGAAGGAAGAGCAGUUCUCACUUCAGCCAGGCCCGGAAGCGUGGUAGAACCAUGUUGUACCAUCUUACCAACCAGUUCUCAAGAGGAAGGAAAGGGGAGGUCAACUUGGAUGGGAGCAUCACUGACAAGCCUUCAAUACCAGAGUACAAAGUGGCGGCAAUUCAGAAGUCGCGCUUCAUCCUGCUCCACUACAGUGUCUCCAAAGCCCUGUGGGACUGGCUCAUCCUGUUGGCAACCUUCUACGUGGCUGUCACCGUGCCCUACAAUGUCAGCUUCACACCCUACGACGACACGGUCACAGCUGCGCGCUCCACCAUCGUGAGCGACAUAGCGGUGGAAAUGCUCUUCAUCGUAGAUAUUAUCUUGAACUUCCGCACCACCUACGUGAGCCAAUCGGGUCAGGUGAUGUACGACGCUCGCUCCAUUUGCAUUCACUACGCCACCACCUGGUUUUUUGUGGACCUGGUCGCUGCCCUGCCCUUUGACCUGCUGUACGCCUUCAACAUCACAGUGACCUCCCUGGUCCACCUGCUGAAGACGGUGCGGCUGCUGCGCCUCCUUCGCCUGCUUCAGAAACUAGACCGCUACUCCCAGUACAGUGCAAUGGUUCUGACUUUGCUGAUGUCGGUGUUUGCUCUGCUGGCACACUGGAUGGCCUGCAUCUGGUAUAUGAUUGGCCGCAAGGAGAUCGAGACCAGUGAGAACUGGGACAUUGGCUGGCUCCAUGAGCUGGGCAAACGUUUGGAGACCCCCUACUACAACACUACAAUGGGCGGCCCAACCGUUCGCAGCUCCUACAUCGCUGCACUCUACUUCACCCUGAGCAGCCUGACCAGUGUGGGCUUCGGCAACGUCUGCGCCAACACGGAUGCUGAGAAGAUAUUUUCCAUCUGCACCAUGCUCAUCGGAGCUCUGAUGCACGCCCUGGUCUUCGGUAACGUGACGGCCAUCAUCCAGCGGAUGUAUUCCCGCCGCUCUCUCUACCACACACGGAUGAAAGACCUGAAAGACUUCAUCCGCGUUCAUCGUCUAUCACAGCAGCUCAAACAGCGCAUGCUGGAGUACUUCCAGACCACGUGGUCUGUCAAUAAUGGCAUCGAUGCCAAUGAGCUGCUGCACGACUUUCCUGACGAGCUGCGGGCCGACAUCGCCAUGCAACUCAACAAGGACAUUCUCCAGCUGCCCGUGUUUAAGGGCGCCAGCCGCGGCUGCCUGCGAUCCCUCUCUCUACAUAUCAAAACCUCCUUCUGCGUCCCGGGGGAGUACCUGAUCCGUCAGGGCGACGCCCUGCAUGCUAGCUACUUUGUCUGCUCUGGGUCUCUGGAGGUCCUCAAAGACAGCAUGGUUCUGGCAAUAUUAGGAAAAGGGGACCUGAUUGGGUCGGACCUUCCCAGUACAGAGCAGGUGAUCAAGACCAACGCUGAUGUGAAGGCCUUGACCUACUGCGACCUGCAGUACAUCAGUGUACGAGGCCUCAGAGAAGUGCUGGAACUUUACCCGGAGUACGCCAGUCUGUUCGCCGCUGACAUCCACAACAACCUCACCUACAAUCUGCGUGAAGGCAGCCAGGAUGAGGGACUGAACAGAUUUUCAAGGUCUCCCAGACUCUCCCAUGAACCAAGGCUCCCCUCCAUCGUGGAAACUAAGGGCGAUGACUUUGAUGACUCCUUCCAUCACUCCCCAUCUACUCGUUCUCGUCGCAACCUCCUGCUGCCGAACUUGAGCAGUCCUGUCCGCCGGACGUCCCUGGGAAACCUCCUGGGCGACGAGUUACGGCAGUUCAACGCUCUGCGACGCUGUCGUUCCCCUAACCUGAGCCGUGGGUUCCUCGGGCAGAGCUUAUCCCCUCUGCCCUCGGCCAAACGAGAGCACGCCGUCCUCACAUCUGCUUCUUCCCUGACCUCGGAACAGGCUGAGUCUGGAGCCGAGCCAAAGCCUUCAAAGCUGCUAAUUCCAACCCUCACCUGCUGUGGACCUCCUGACCUGAGUCCAAGGAUCGUAGACGGCAUCGAAGACAAUGAGCGCAUGUUCCAUUUCAGCGCAGAGCGCAGCGGGCCUAAAGCCAGCACAGGUGGCGGCGUCCAAGACUCCACGCGGCCCAACACGGCUCUCGUGAUGGAGACAGAGGAGGUGAAGCAGAGCAUCAGUCAGCUCAACCAGAAGAUGGGCAACUUAAAUCAGGAGGUGUCUGAGCUCACCAAGGGCCUGCAUCACAUGAUGCACCUUCUUCAGACUUACAUAUCUGCCCACCACUACAACCCGUCCCUCAACUCGUACCAGUACAGGACCCAGGACGGCCACAGCCACCAAUUCAUCCCCCCUGGUGGCCACUGGAGCUACAGCGGAUGUGCUGAAUCCCAAACUGAAAGUCAUGGUCAACCUUCAUCCUCCAGUUUACCUUCUCACCUGUGUCCACCCAGAGUGCACUCACAGCAUGGCUCUGAGUCUUUGACCACGCAUCUGUGGGACGCUCCGUCUCUUCCCACCAACGGCUCAGGCUUCUUGGGUGGAAGUACCAACCUCUUCCCAGAAGCAGACCGUGAAAACUCUGAAAACAGACCUCUCAGUGCUCACCCACCCACCAUCAGCCAGUCUCAGCCCACGUUGUACCUGCAACCACCAGGUGACAGAAAAGAACAUUCCAGCCAUUUAUUAUUCAACUCCCCAGUUGGUUCACCUACACGAAACUCCCCAAACUCUUACCCCCAUCUGUGUCCACCCCCAGACUCCCAUGUCACGGCAUCACAGAGCCCACCUGACGACAUAUCCGUGCUGAUGUCCACCCAAACAUCUCGUCAUUUUCUCCAUAACCCUUCUAUUUACCAACUCCAAGACUCGUACCCGUCGGUCCAGCCUGUGUCUGUCUCCUUGCCCACACUGACCGGCCGCCACCUCGGAUCCUCACUGGACUCCGGCUCCCCACAAACCAAUGAGCCGCACAUCCCGCUCCAAGACCCAACUGCCAUCGAACACACCAGUCUGGAGUGCCUACUGGGGAACAGGGGCUCCAUGGAGAGCAGGGACAGUGAGAGCAUCUCGUCACGGAGGUCAAGCAUCGGCGUCCAGACACAGAGCACAGAACAGUCGUGGUGUCUGGACCUCACAGACUGAAUGGGUUUUAGUCACAGGCACACAUGAACCAAAACGAACAUCGAUUUCGAUGUGACUUCGUACAGUGUUUUUAUGAGAUUGCUGGAAAAAUCUUUGCUGCGUGCUGUAUUUCCUGUUUGUUUAAAUGGGUAGAAAUCGACACAACUUACACUUUCUAUGCAAGCAUGUCAUGGCAUUAGUGCAUUCAUUUGGCUUUAGAAGAUUGUCAUAAACCAGGCGUGGUUUAUGACUCGUGGUUUAUGACUCGCGGGUCACAAUUGUCCUAAAUUUAAACAGGGGGCCGGGUCAGGAGCAGAUCGAUGGAGCGUUGGUGUGAACUAAGAUAAAUGACAUGUAAAAGUCAUGCAUAAAGGCCAAUAUUCUUUUAUCAUAUUCUAUGCCAUCUAUUGGGGAAAUAUG